AUGCCAGAGCCUCGUCGAUCCGGUCGCCAGCGCAAGGUCAACCCGCGAUACGCCAAUGGUGGCUGGGACAAGGAGACCUUGCGCACCCUCCGGGCCGAAUCUGAAUCAUCUGGCCCGUCUCCUGGCGAGGAAUCGGCAUCUUCAGAGUCGGACGGCGGCAGUGCGGUUCACCAAGCCGAUGCCCAGGAAGAUGAAGAUGACGACGCAUCGAUUGCCUCUGCUGCCUCGACACGAUCCUCUGAUGUUGAUAUACCAGACCAGGAGGAAGAGGAUGUCGCAGGCGUGAGCUCAGCGUCUGCCGAUGACGUACCAACCCGCAAAGGACAAAGUCAACGAUCACGACCACAGGCAACAUCCGCUGGCGGCGAGUCGACCCGGUCGCGGGGUAUACAGCCUCCUUCACAGCUCGGAAAGAAAACAGCUUAUGCCAACAUAUUUGGACCCGAGCUUGACGACCUGUGCGAGGUUCUUGUAGCCAGGGACACUUGGCUGAAGGGACAGGACGUCACGAUUCCAAGCAGGCAGACGCUGUCCAACGCCAUUCAACAGUCACACGAUCUCGACCAAAGCUGCGCUGAGAGCAAUGACGACUUGACGUCAGAUAAGGAGGACGCCUUCGAGGUAGAUUUGUUGUUUGAGACGGUGCGUAAUCUCCAAGUUUUGGAGCCAAUUGACCUGAAGGCCGUCUACGAGAAGUACCUGCUACAUGACAUGCCAACACAUUCCAUCGUCCUUGGUGCUCGAGGGAAGCAAACCAAAUUUGGACUUGGUUACCUCUCUCCCUCGGAUAUGGGGAAGGCGUGGCUUGAUUACGAGAAGCCCGGUGGUGCUGAAACGUUGCACGCGGGAAAACUGCCCGCCCAGAGGCGAUAUCAUCAAGCCUGGCUCCUCAACGUCGGAGAGAAAGUCCAGGGCUUCGCAUGGGCUUUUGGCGCCCCUUCAAUACAGUAUCUUGCCAUUGCUGUCAAAUGCCCCUCAUCCCAGAGACGGAUGGCACCGGGGGAAGAGUGUGAACGCCCAGCUUUCCAUCCCUCGCCAGCGUAUCCGACCAGCAUCCAGGUCUGGGCCUUCCACACAAGGCCCACCGGUGUCGAAGGAAUAGGAACAUUGGCAAUAGACGAGGAGCCCAGCCUGGCGGUCGUGAUCGGGACGGAAUGGGGCAACAUCCGUCAGCUCAGGUGGUGUCCGUUCGAUCCUGACACGCAGACUAAGCACGAGAACACCAUCAAUCCAAGUAUCGGUCUCCUUGCAGCCGUCUCAAGUGACGGCCAUGCUCGUGUGAUCGCCGUGCCGCGUCCCGGAAGUCGCAACGCCAGGAAACCAAUCACCGUCCGGGUCGAGAGGGCUGGCUUUGACAUCCAGCCUCCAACAGACACUGUGUUCACGACGCUGGCUUUCGCCGGAGCCACCAACCUCAUGCUUGGCACCGCCGACGGGUUUCUCUAUUCUUUCGACCUAGCUGAACCGGUGAGAGAAGGAAAUAACCCACAACACUAUAUGAAACAACAACUCCACCACACGUACGUCGUCUCCGUCUGUCCGGCCUCGCCUGGCCCGCAAGCGACGUUCCUGGCCAGCACGUCGGCCUCUGGCGAUCUCGCCCUCACAGACCUGCGAAGUCCCGACCAAGACCGCGUUCACAUGGCCCGACCCAGCUUCCCAACGCGAGAUCUGAUCUACGCACCUUUCACACGCUCCUUCAUUGCGGUGCUGGAUCGGAGCGGCAAUACCCAAGUCGAGAGGAACUCGGCCACAUUUCUCGUCUGCCACCACAUCCGGCAGUUCCCAAAUCUACUGAAGAUUGCCAAACUGCCGCACGAAACGGGCGCCGCGACGGCGCUGGCCGGUUCACAGUGGCACCCGUGCAUCCUCGUUGGCAACGCCAAGGGCCAAGUCCUGGCGACGAACUAUCUGCGCAAAGUGCUCCCCUACCGCAGAUCGGAUCCCAAGAAAGCCGUGGGCGCAUACAUGCAAAAGAUCUGCGAGUACGAUUGGCGACCGCUCACGCCGCAGGAGCGGAGAAGAAGACACGGAGAAGACGCAUCACCGGCUGGUGCCGAAACAAUCGACGAGGAAGAUGCACAACCCCCCGCCGACAUCUACCAUGGCCACGACGCCCGGCUGGGCAUGUCGCGCUUCCACGAGGGCUUCAAGCCGGAGAAGAUCGAGGUCGCGAACAUCCUGCCCCCGACGACGAAGAAGAACAACUCGCGGCCAACGAGGAAGAAGAAGAAGAAGACGACUGCCACCGCCGACGCGGGGGCCACAGGCGUGGGCGAGGCCGUCUUCGAAGAAGAGCAGGCCGUCACCGCGCUCGAGUGGAACCCCAACGCCUCCUGUGCCGGUAUCGUAGCCAUGGGCUGGGCCAGUGGCGUGGUGCGCGUGCAGGAUCUGGCAUACGACGCCCACCCCUCUUGA